CCUUUCUCUAUUUAACCACCCACUACCCCCUCCCAUUAUUUCCGCGUUUUCCCUCCUCUUCUUCAGAUCUCUCUCUCCUUCGCGCGCUCCAUUUUCAACUAUAGUUUGUUCACUUUAAAAUUGGUGUCAUGGGGACUGUCGUUGAUGCUGCUCCAAUCAAGGAAACUAAUGGAAGCUUAGCUGAGAAGAAGCCUACUGUUGUCUUUGUUUUGGGCGGGCCAGGUAGUGGUAAGGGUACUCAAUGUUCAAAUAUCGUUGAACACUUUGGGUACACUCAUCUCAGUGCUGGUGAUCUUCUCCGGGCAGAGAUCAAAUCUGGUUCUGAGAAUGGCACAAUGAUUCAAAACAUGAUCAAAGAAGGGAAGAUUGUUCCUUCUGAGGUCACCAUAAAGCUUCUUCAACGAGCAAUAGAGGAAAGUGGCAAUGAAAAUUUUCUUAUUGAUGGAUUCCCUCGUAAUGAGGAAAAUCGUGCUGCGUUUGAAGUUGUUACAGGCAUUGAACCAUCCGUUGUCCUAUUCUUUGAUUGUCCCGAGGAAGUGAUGGAGAAGCGCCUGUUGCGUAGGAACGAGGGAAGAGUGGACGACAACAUUGAAACAAUUAGGAAGCGAUUUAGGGUUUUCUUGGAGUCUAGCAUUCCUGUGAUUCAAUACUAUGAAUCCAAAGGGAAAGUUCGGAAGAUUGAUGCUGCAAGGCCUGUCGAGGAGGUGUUUGAAUCCGUUAAAGCCGUUUUUACUCCAAAAACUGAAAAGGCUGACUGAAGCUGAACUGCCUAGUAAUUUUGCAGUGAUAUCUUCUUUGAGGUAUUGAUUUUGGUGGCUGCAUCAGAGUUGGAUAUUUGGGUUCUAUUCUGUACAAGGAGUUAACCAUAUUCUUAUUAUUGUUACAGUACUUUAUUACUAAGAUUUGUAAUAGUAAUUAGCAGGUUCAGAAAAAGGGUCUAUGAUAUUCUUCUUAUUGAGAUUGUAUCCAUUGAUUUAAAUAAUAAAGCAAGUCUUUGGUUCUACUAUUCAUCUUUU